UCCAUUAUCAUUUCUUCCUUCUUUCUCCAUCUUUUCGCUUCUUGCUUCCUCGUUGGCCCAAAAACCCUAGAAAAAUCCCGUUCUCGUUUUCGAUUUUCAAUGAAGGAAACUGGAGAAAAUCCUCUGCAUCUCAAAUCGCUAAACCACAUCUCGCUUCUGUGUAGAUCAAUGGAAGAAUCAAUUGAUUUUUACCAAAAUGUUCUAGGUUUUUUCCCCAUUCGCAGGCCUGGAUCCUUCAAUUUCGAUGGCGCUUGGCUGUAUGGUUUCGGCAUUGGAAUCCAUCUCUUGCAAUCGGAAGAACCGGAUAAUUUGCCGAAAAAGGGCGCGAUUAAUCCCAAGGAUAAUCAUAUAUCGUUUCAGUGCGAGAGCAUGGGGGCAGUGGAGAAGAAGUUGAAGGAUAUGGGAAUUAAUUACGUGCAGGCGUUAGUAGAGGAAGGAGGAAUACACGUGGAUCAGCUAUUUUUCCACGAUCCAGAUGGUUUCAUGAUCGAGAUUUGCAAUUGUGAUAAUCUGCCGGUGAUUCCAUUGGGUGAUGGCAUGUCACGAUCCUGUUCCCAGCUCAAUCUUCAGAUAAUGCAGCAGAAGCAGCAGAUACACCAGAUGGUGUAACACUACAACUGAAGAAGAAGAAGAAGUGAUAAUGAUAAUGAUUGAAUCCAUGGAAAAUAAAUAAUUCUUCUUUGACGACAUGUCGUAUGUUGUUGUUGUUGUGGGUAUUUUUCUCUUGUGUUUAGGCAUUUGUUGUUUAAAUGGGCCUGUGAUAUUUAUAUUUUAUAUGUAAAAGUAUUUAUUGUUGUUGUUAGGCAUUUUAUGAUCAUAGUACAACUAUUUCACCUACCAAAAA